UGAAGUUUGUUUCUAUUUUGUAGAUUGUUUAGUCUUGUGGGGGUCAUUAAAAUUCUUCAAAAUCAUUGACAAAAAAUUUCCAGUGAACCUACAUCUCAUUCAUAACCAUGGCGCAUAUUCUGCAACAGAGUCCUCCAUCUUUAUAUCUCAAAGCGACUGGAAUCUUGACUAUUAUUGGAAGCUUCAAUGCUGCAUAUUCGGAGUUCAGAGGAGCAAAUUACACAUACUCCAAAUUUGCUCAGACACGACAAGUAAAAGAAGCCAAGAAAAUAUCCAGUAGAAAUGGCAUGCUUAUUUGCUAUGGGCCAUCCUUAGUAGCUUCAUUAGUAUUCUUGCUUUACAAAGGAGCAGGCCCACAUCUGCUUGCCCUUGCGUCUGCUUUAACUAUACACUUCCUUAAAAGAGAAUUGGAGGUUCUGUUUCUGCACCGUUACUCUGGUUAUAUGAUCUUACAGACUGCGUUUUCAAUUUCAUUUGUAUAUUUCUUUCAAACUGUUAAUCUUUUGUACGCCCAGCAGAUCUCAGAGGGUUUGCAGCCACCGGGUAGGGACUUGAUGUGGUUUGGAGUUGCGUUGUUUUGCAUAGGCAUUGGGGGCAAUUUUUAUCAUCAUUAUCUGUUAUCAAGGCUCAGAAAGAAUGGGAAAACAGGUUAUGUGGUGCCAAGUGGGGGUUUGUUUGAUUUGGUGGUGUGCCCACAUUAUCUUUUUGAGAUUGUUGAUUGGAUGGGCUUGGCCUUCAUUUCUCAAACUCUCUACAGUUGGGUUUCUGUGUUUUGGACAGUGGUAUACCUGAGUAGUAGAAGCUAUGCCACCAGGCAGUGGUAUUUGCAGAAAAUGGAAGACUUCCCCAAGCAGAGAAAAGCUCUUUUCCCUUUCAUAUUCUGAAUCUUGUAAUUUGCUAAAGUAUAAUUUUGUUUUCCAUGCACUUAAAAUUAAGCAAAGCUUGUGUCAGUCCCUUCCA